UAGCAGUGUUUAGACAAUUCCUCUUUCUUUAAGUUAAGUAUUGCUUGUUUUGAAAAUGUUUGAAGUCUUUGUGGUUCCUUCAUUAAAGGGCAUGCCAUAUAUAUGAAUCUUCAGAGUUUUGCAAGUAAAAUUGUACGAACAAAAACCAAUAAUUAGAUCACAACUGAAGUAAAAUUCAUAUAUGUGUCGGCGCUUCACAAGUUAUUGUAAUAUUGUAAAAGUCUUGGAGGAGGGACAAUUGUUUUUUUUUAUCUUGUAGCCUGAUUUAGUUGUUGAUUUACUUUCUCCUAUCCUUCCAUAAACAGAAAAGUUGUUUCUCAUAUUUGCAAUUCUGAUUUUGCUUAAAGUUCAGGAGAAUAAAAGGAAGGAAAACAGAGAAUUUACUGGAUAAUGGUGAUCUGUUUGGGCUAUAAAUCAACAACUGGUUGAUUGUUUCCUUGGCUUGCGUAGUUACUCCUAAUCUUCCAUUGUGAUUUGGUCAAUUAUAUACUCCAACCAUGCAAAAUGUAAAGAAAGAUGAAGCCCGAGAUCAGAAGCAUGAUGAACUUGCUGAAUCACUAAAUGAUCUCUUCAGCAGUGUCGCCACCAUGAUCAAAUCGGAGCUUCAGGGGACUAAUAAUCAUCUAGAGCUGGUGGAGAAAAUGAAUGCAAAGGUUGCAGAAGAGUAUAAAGGGUUUGGUGAUUUGGCUUCAGGGUUAAGGGUAUUUGUGGAGCAAUUGAAAUGCAAGAGUGGUAGCUUUAAUGAGUAUGUCGAGCAGAUUGAUGCCAUUGAAAAGCAAGUGACUGAAUUUGAAGCCGUGGUCUCUAUGCUUGAUAAAUAUGUGGCUCUGUUGGAAUCAAAAGUCCAAUCUGAUUACCAAACCAAAAGUCCAUCGUCCUAAAUAUGUAGGACAAAUGAGAAUAGUCUGCCCCAACAUGCUAAUCUACUUAUUUUACCCUCAACUUGUAUCAUUUUGUUCAAAUUCCCUUAUUCCAGGUUUUAAACAAAGGCCCGCGUCUGUGAUAUGGGGUGCGACCAAAAGGAUUUUGAUUUAGCUGAAACUGCAACAUGAUCGCAAUUGACCGGGUUUCUUUGCAAUAUCAAGAGACGUGAUGCGACUGCAACCAAUUGUGUAAUUGCUAUUUGAAACUCUACUCCCUAUCUCAAUUUCUGUCUCAUGUUUACUCCAUUUUCUAGCUCCUCUUGUGCUUAUUUUUUGCUGUUAUAGAGCUUAUCUUUGUUUCAGAUAAUCGAGUUUAUCUUGUUGACAAGAACUCAUGAUCACUCCUAUGUAAAACUUUGUUAUAUGUAUUUGGAGAACUAUUAGGCUGUUUUAAGUAAGGGUAGAAGUAUAGUAGUGAUAUAUCCUCAUAAGUAUUUAAUAUAAAAUGUAUAAAGUAAACACAUGUAUUGUAAUAAAAGUCUAAAAACUGAUUUAGUUA